CGGGAAACUGCUCGGUACAGACACAUCUGAGGCUGGCUGUUGCAUCCUGCUGCUGUCUGUUCGUGUUUCCCGAGCCUGCAGGGGAAAAGCUUGUCACCUCCUCGGCGUGUGGAGUGACAAGACUGUUGCUGUUGCUCCUCGGGUGAGGGAAACAGGACUGCAUAGCGCGCAGAGGACGAUCCCCCGCCUCCUGAAAAUACUAGUUCUUAGAAAACGGUUCAGGUAGGCAAAGGGAAACAUGCCGGCCACACAGAAGCCCAUGAGGUAUGGGCAUACGGAAGGACACACCGACGUCUGUUUUGAUGAUUCUGGAAGUUUCAUUGUGACUUGUGGAAGUGACGGUGAUGUGAGGAUGUGGGAAGAUCUGGACGAUGAUGAUCCUAAGUCCAUUAAUGUUGGAGAAAAGGCAUUUUCAUGUGCUUUGAAGAAUGGAAAAUUGGUCACUGCAGUUUCUAAUAACACCGUCCAAGUCUAUACAUUCCCUGAGGGAGUUCCUGAUGGCAUAUUAACACGCUUCACCACAAAUGCAAACCAUGUGGUCUUCAAUGGAGACGGUACUAAAAUUGCUGCUGGGUCAAGUGAUUUUUUGGUCAAAGUUGUGGACGUGAUGGAUAACAGCCAGCAGCAAACAUUUAGAGGACAUGACGCCCCUGUUUUAAGUCUGUCUUUUGAUCCUAAGGAUAUCUUUCUGGCGUCAUCUAGUUGUGAUGGAACUGUCAGAGUGUGGAAUAUUUCUGAUCAGGCAUGUGCUGUUAGUUGGCCAGUACUACAAAAGUGCAACGAUGUGGUGAAUGCAAAAUCCAUCUGCAGACUUGCGUGGCAGCCCGGAACUGGGAAAUUAUUAGCAGUUCCUGUGGAAAAAUCUGUUAAGCUGUACAGAAGAGAAACUUGGAGUAAUCCAUUUGAUCUUUCAGAUAGUUCUAUCACUCAGACACUCAAUAUAGUUACCUGGUCUCCCUGUGGGCAGUAUUUGGCUGCAGGUACUACUAAUGGCUUAAUUGUAGUUUGGAAUGUGGAAACCAAAGACUGCAUGGAAAGGGUAAAACACGAGAAAGGCUAUGCCAUUUGUGGCCUGGCCUGGCAUCCUACUUAUGGUCGAAUAUGUUAUACUGAUGUGGAAGGCAACCUUGGGAUCCUGGAAAAUGUUUGUGACCUCAGUGAAAAGGUGUCAAGCCAUAAGGUGUCUAGUAGAGUGGAAAAGGAUUACAAUGAUCUUUUUGAUGGAGAUGACACAAAUAGUGCUGGCGAUUUUCUAAAUGACAAUGCAGUUGAGAUCCCUUCUUUUUCAAAAGGAAUUAUAAAUGAUGACGAUGAUGAUGAUGACCUCAUGCUGACUGGGGAUCGUCUUAGACGGCGAAGUCACAUCUUGGGAGAUGAUGAAAACUCAGUUGAUGCUCCAAUGCUAAAAUCUGAUCUUCACAAAGAGGAAGGGGAAGAUGACCAGGCAGGCAGUAUUCACAGCCUCCCCCUUACAAAAUCCCAAAGGCCAUUCUACGAUGGGCCCAUGCCAACACCCCGACAAAAGCCUUUCCAGUCAAGUUCUACACCCUUGCAUCUCUCUCACAGAUUUAUGGUGUGGAACUCUGUUGGGAUUAUUCGCUGCUAUAAUGAUGAUCAAGACAGCGCCAUAGAUGUGGAGUUCCACGACACCUCCAUACAUCAUGCAACGCACCUAUCUAACACUUUCAAUUACACAAUGGGAACUCUUUCCCAUGAAGCUGUUUUGUUGGCGUGUGAAAGCACUGAUGAAUUAGCAAGCAAGCUUCAUUGCCUGCACUUCAGUUCAUGGGAUUCAAGCAAAGAGUGGAUAGUGGAUAUGCCUCAGAAUGAAGAUAUUGAAGCCAUUUGUCUAGGUCAAGGAUGGGCUGCUGCUGCGACCACUGCCCUGCUCCUCCGCUUGUUUACUAUUGGAGGUGUUCAGAAAGAAGUCUUCUCCCUUCCUGGACCAGUGGUGUCAAUGACGGGACACGGAGAACAGCUUUGCAUUGUUUACCAUAGAGGUACAGGGUUUGAUGGAGAUCAGUGCCUUGGAGUUCAAUUGCUAGAGUUGGGGCAAAAGAAAAAACAAGUUUUGCAUGGCGACCCUCUUCCUCUUACAAGGAAAUCCUACCUUACAUGGCUGGGGUUUUCUGCUGAAGGUACUCCCUGUUAUGUGGAUUCUGAAGGCUGUGUUCGAAUGCUUAACAGAGGGCUUGGGAAUACAUGGACUCCUGUAUGUAACAUAAGAGAACACUGCAAGGGAAAAUCUGAUCACUACUGGGUGGUUGGUGUCCAUGAAAAUCCCCAGCAGCUAAGCUUUCUUGUAAACUGGAGCGAGAAUUUCGCUGUGUGGAACUUGCCAAUCUAAUGACUCAGAAUGCUGUGAACUUAGCCAUUAAAUAUGCUUCUCGCUCUCGGAAAUUAAUAUUGGCUCAAAAACUUAGUGACCUCGCUGCAGAAAAGGCAGCUGAAUUGGCAGAAGCCCAGACAGAAGAAGAGAAAGAAGAGGAUUUCAGAAUAAAACUGAAUGCUGGUUACAGUCAUACCACUACAGAAUGGAGUCAGCCACGGGCCAGAAGUCAAAUUGAAGAAGACACUGAGGACAGAGAAGAGACUGUUCAAGAAGAAAAAGAACAACCAGAGCCACACAACCACGGGCAGAACUUAUUCCAAAGUGCAAAUUCCCCUGAUAUGCCAGCUCUUAAAUCAGGUGCAGUCUUCUCUAGCAGCCAAGGACGGGUAAACCCCUUCAAGGUGCUAGUCAAUUCCAAAGAACCAGCUGUAUCGAUGAGUUCCACACGCUCAACUAAUAUUUUAGACAAUAUGAACAAAUCAUCCAGGAAGUCCACCCCUCUUAAUCGAGCAGCAAAUAAUGAAAAAUCCCCGGUCAUAAAGCCUCUUGUCCCCAAGCCAAAGUCUAAGCAGGCAUCUGCAGCAUCCUAUUUCCAGAAAAGAACUUCACAGGCUGAUAAGACUGAGGAAGUAAAAGAAAAUCCUAAAAAUCCAUCACCUGAAACUCCAGCUAUGUGCCUUCAAAACUCUGAAAACCAAAGGCCGAAGACUGGGUUCCAGAUGUGGCUGGAAGAAAAUAGAAGUCAUAUUUUGUCUGACAAUCCUGACUUUUCAGAUGAAGCAGACAUAAUAAAAGAAGGGAUGGUUCGAUUUAGAGUAUUGUCCGCUGAAGAAAGGAAGGCAUGGACCAACAAGGCCAAGGGAGAGAUUGCCAGUGAUACACCUGAAGUGAAGAAGCGAAAACAUGAGGUGUGUGAGGCAGAAAACCAGGAAGAAGCAGCAAAGGAGAAUAUGGAUCUGUCUAAAAAACAAAAAACAUCAGCUCUUUCCACCAAUCAGAAACUGUCGGCUUUCGCAUUUAAGCAAGAAUAAAGGAAGGGGAGGGUCAGAAAAUAUUGAAACUUGGCUCCAGCCUUUGGUUAACCCUAGACUUGUUUUAGUCUUCAGAGAGGGUAUUACUAUACUCCUGUGACAGUAUAGUGGGCAGUAUAGAGACAGUGUAGUGGGCAGGGGUGCAGCUCGGUGGUGGAGGGCUUGCCUAGCAUGCACAAGGCCCUGUGGUCCAUCCUUAUUGCCACAAAAGCCAGGAAAGUAAAGUAGCAAUUUGCUGCAUCAGAAACACAACGUAAGAGCUGUCUGUGCAGAUGACUUGCCUUCCCCAGAUAGAAGUGUCAUGAUUGUAGUUACUACCAGGGACACCAUCAUGUCCCCAGGGGUUCCGUUUUUACUGUUUCUUUAAAAAUCAUUAGAAGUCUCAAUCUUAAGACCUCUUUACCUUCUAAGGUUUCCUCCUCCUUCUGUUUAUGUUUCAUAGUAGAAGUGCCAUGGUCGUUGGCUUCCCGAGUGAGUUAUUAUUGAUUACUUUCUUGUCAACUUGAUCUAAGGACUGUGGCUUUUAAUAUGGGCACCAAUGUGUAAAUAAUUUUGUAAAUGAGAUAUUUUGUAUGUCUGGGAACAUACAAAAUAUCUAUGGCUUCCUGUUAUGUUUGUACAGACCGGGUCUUUUAAAUAAAUAAAACUUUGUUAUUUGUA